AUGUCUGUCCCUGAGCAAGCCGCAUUUACCUUCCUGCCUUUGGGCGCCAUCAUCCAGGAGUUCCGUGUCGGUGACAAGAAUAUCGUCCUAGGCUUCCCAACACAGGACGACUAUGUCAAACACAACACCCCGCAUUAUGGUGCCACGAUUGGCCGUGUCGCCAAUCGUAUCAAGGAUGGCCUUAUCCAGAACCUGAAUGGUCGGGAGUACAAGCUGACAAAGAACAACGGUCCCAACGCGCUGCAUGGCGGUGAACAGGGCUGGGGAAAGCGUGUCUUUGACGGCCCCUACACCGUCAAGCGCCACAGUCAUGAUGCCCUACUGUUCAAGUACCUUUGCCGAGACGGUGAGGAGGGGUACCCGGGCACUGUUGAAGUGCGCGUAUGGUACACCGCCAGCAAGGAAGAUGACGGGGCCGCCAAGACCGUGCUGACGGCAGAGUACGAGGUGGAAUUCAUUGGUGAUGAGUGUGACGAGACCGUUGUCAACCUCACCAACCACAGCUACUUCAACAUCGGUUCUGGUCCCGACAUAUCGGGCACCACCGCCCAACUCGCCACAGCUGACUACCUACCUUUGGACGACACCGGCAUCCCAUCAGGCGGAAUUGCCAAGUUCUCACGCGAUGUGACCAAGCCCUUCGAGCUGACCGCCACAGGCGCUCACAUCGACGACGUCUUCGUCAUGGAGAAGGAUGCCUCCAAGAUCCCGCUGGACACACGUGGCCUGCCGCUGCGCCGCCUGGCGCAGUUCAGCAACGCAAGCACGGGCCUCCAUCUCGAGGUUCACAGCACGGAGCCAGCAUUCCAAUUCUACACGGGCAAGUAUAUCAAGGUGCCCGAGAUCAAUGGCGCCCCAGCUCACCAUGAGGGUGCUGGGUUCUGUGUUGAGCCUAGUCGGUUCGUCAAUGCCAUCAAUGAGCCCGAGUGGCGGUCUAUGGUUCUGCUUCGGCAGGGUCAGAUCUUUGGAUGCAAGAAUGUGUACAAGUCGUGGAAGGCUUAG